AUGUCUCCUUCGCUGCUGCUGCCGGCUUUGUCGCUUACUAUCCAGACUUCCUUUGUUGCAAAUGCCAAUCAGCAGACUGAUGUUCUUCCAAAGGGUGUCAAAGCUCUUAUGGAUAAUGGCCUCGUUACCAUUCCUGGCCGUUAUAUCAAACCUCCCAGCCACCGAGCUGUGAAGCAUUUGAUCAUUCCCGGAGUGGAGAUCCCUGUGAUUGACAUGGCUGCAUUGGAGAGUGACCGAGAGAAAUUUGUUCAAACUUUGUGCAAGGCUUCAAGUGAAUGGGGCAUCUUUCAGGUGAUCAACCAUGGGAUUCCUGUUGCAACCAUGCAAGGCAUGGAGGCUCGCUUCCAGCUAUGUUUCAAGUGUGAGCCAUCUGAGCCUCUGAUGUCUGCUUUGUCUGAAGGACUUGGGCUGGAUUCAAACCGCCUCGUGAAAUCAUUUGGAGACUCGGAGAUGAUCUUGCGAUCAAAUUACUAUCUGCCGUGCCCAAAUCCCGACCUUGCUCUUGGGAUGAAUGGCCACACUGAUAGUGGCGGUUUGACAAUCCUGUUUGAAGAUCAAGUUGGCGGACUCCAGGCCAGGAAAGGUGAUCUCUGGUACGACUUGAAGCCUAUAAAAAAUGCAUUCAUUGUGAACAUUGCUGAUCAGCUUGAAAUUUUGAGCAAUGGAAAAUACAAGAGCAUUGAGCACCGAGUCCUUGUCCAGCCUGAUCAAACUCGUCUCUCCAUCGUGGCAUUUUGCAAUCCAUCGCGGGAUGCUGUGAUAGGACCCCUGCCAGAACUUAUUGAUGAGCAAAACCCGCCACUCUACAAGUCAACCUUAUACCAAGAGCACAUCACAAAUGUCUACACAAAAUAUUUGGAUGGCAAGCAUUCACAAAAGCUCCAAAUAAAAUAA